AGGUGUUCAGGUUGAAUGUGUGGCAGACACAAGGAAGCCAUAACUUUAAUGAAAACUCACUGACAAACAUUUAGCUCGAGUAGCCAAGGUAUUAUGUUUGCAAAUAAAAAAGCUUGGUUUUCAAGCAGUGUUUCACAGCCACGUCGGGAUUUUUGGUUAGAAGAGGAGGGAAUAGUUACAGGAUGGAGAACAGCAGAUUACCUUUUCAGUGAUGAUGCUGCACACCCGGACACCCUUUGGAUUUUUCAAAGUAAGGUGUACCUCUGGGACAAGAUCACAGUUUUUCACAGCUUGUUCCUGUGUGUGUGUAAAAAGCGACAGAGUGUAAAGUCAGUGAGGAUCGGCCACUAUGUGCUACCUCCUGUCCCAGUGCAGCAUGCAGUGAGGAAUGUGGUUGGAAGGCUGAUUUGGGAGCAUGACCAACCAAAUACGCAGAGUUUUGCUGACCAGGCUGCCAGCAAUUCCAAGAAAGAGGAGUGCAGCACAGACGAGUUUGUUACAGUUUGAAUGCAAACAUUGGACAGCACAAAACACGAAAUACAUAAAUCUUCCUAUUCUUGCAGGAAUGAUUCAUUCAGUUCCAGCACAUCAGAGAACAGAUUGUGUACAUGUUAUAUUAAAGGAUGAUUCAUUCGGUGACAGUGUUACAGGUGAAAUAUUCAGCAUUUGUAAAUCUUUAGUUGAACUGAGGAAGUUCAUGUUGGGCUGAUUUGCUAUUUUGCUCUUUGUUCUUUUAGGGCAUUGUCAGCAUGUAGGGCUGCAAAAAUGUACUAGUGUGACUUUUGUUAUCAGCAUGCGGUUGAUUUUGCAUAUGUAUGAAAUAUUCACUCAAUGUAAAUGAAUGAAUUCUA